AUGGGUAGAAGUGCAUGGACUCCUAUGGAUGGUUCAUUCCUGUCUUCCCCUUCAUCUGUUGAUCAUGGAUCCUUGGUUUGCACUAAUUUGCAACUAGCUGACCUAUCUCAAGAUGGUCAUGCUGAUGAUAGAGAAGAGUUUACGCAAGCCGAUACUUCUUCCCUUCUAUUAGCUCCUAUAGUUUCCACCAACACUCAUCCCAUGGUGACUCAAACUAUGAACUGGAGACGUUUAUGCUGUUGCAUCUAUCAAGAAAAAGAAGAUGGGAACAAGGAGAAUAAUAAGAGCAGGGAUUACCCUUGGGAAAUAUACACUCUGAAGGAGAUUUUGCAUGCAACAAACAACUUCCACAACGAUAACAAGAUUGGCGAAGGCGGAUUCGGAAGCGUAUAUUGGGGUCGUACAAGUAAAGGCGUCGAGAUUGCAGUAAAACGACUCAAGGCGAUGAGUGCGAAGGCAGAGAUGGAGUUCGCUGUGGAAGUAGAGAUUCUUGGGAGGGUUAGGCAUAAGAAUCUGUUAGGAUUAAGAGGAUUUUAUGCCAGUGGGGAUGAAAGGCUAAUAGUCUACGAUUACAUGCCCAACCAUUGUUUAAUCACUCAUCUGCAUGGCCAACUUGCCGCCGAUUGCUUGCUGGAUUGGCCGCGUAGAAUGAGCAUCGCUAUCGGUGCAGCCGAAGGUCUUGCGUACUUGCAUCAUGAGGCCAAUCCUCAUAUAAUACACAGAGAUAUAAAGGCCAGCAAUGUUCUUUUAGAUGCAAACUUCCAAGCAAAAGUUGCAGAUUUUGGGUUUGCAAAGCUUAUACCAGAUGGCGUUACGCAUAUGACAACAAGGGUGAAGGGCACUCUCGGAUAUUUGGCACCUGAAUAUGCAAUGUGGGGGAAAGUUUCCGAGAGUUGUGAUGUUUAUAGCUUCGGCAUUUUACUUUUAGAGAUCAUUAGUGCGAAGAAACCAUUGGAGAAACUCCCUGGUGGAGUGAAACGUGACAUAGUGCAAUGGAUUACCCCAUAUGUUCAAAAGGGUGCAUUUGACCAUAUUGCAGAUCCCAGGUUGAAGGGGAAAUUUGAUCGUGCUGAGCUUAAAUCUGCAGUCAUGGUAGCGUUGAAAUGCACUGACAGCAACCCGGAGAUUCGACCUAGCAUUUUGGAAGUAGUGGAGUGGCUAAAGGGUAGUGUUGGGAGAAGAAGGAAAGAGGUGACUAAUAUUGAACACAUGCUUGAGGAAGAUGGAGAUAAUGAAACGGAUACUGAUUUGGAAGGUUUUAGAAUGGCAAAAUCUGAAGUAAGGCGGAAAUGGGCACGUUAAAAGGGAAAAAAAAAAG